AGGAAGCGCCGUUUCCGGCUACGAGCGACCGAGUGAGAACCGCUGAAUCCCGACGAGAAAUCCGCUGCUUUCGGGAUCUGCCGGGUGAUUUUCUCCGCUAUUAUCCCGCGAAUACGUCAUACGGGUUCCCAGCCAAGCGUUCGUCCGGAGCGAGGCGUUAAGUUGCGGCGAAGGCGCAGGGUUUGCGGCACCGACGACCGGCAUGGCCCGGGACUACGACCACCUCUUCAAACUGCUGAUCAUCGGUGACAGCGGUGUGGGGAAGAGCAGUCUCCUUUUGAGAUUCGCAGACAACACUUUUUCAGGUAGUUACAUCACCACUAUAGGAGUGGACUUUAAGAUCCGGACGGUGGAGAUUAAUGGAGAGAAGGUGAAACUCCAGAUAUGGGACACGGCAGGACAGGAGCGAUUCAGGACCAUCACCUCUACAUAUUACAGAGGAACUCAUGGGGUGAUCGUGGUUUAUGACGUCACCAGCGCUGAAUCCUUCGUCAACGUCAAACGAUGGCUGCAUGAAAUCAACCAGAACUGUGAUGAUGUGUGUCGAACAUUAGUGGGCAAUAAAAACGAUGACCCCAACUCUAAAGUGGUGGAGACGAAUGAUGCUCAGAAGUUUGCCGAGCAGAUGGGCAUCAGCCUGUUUGAGACCAGCGCGAAAGAGAACAUCAAUGUGGAAGAGAUGUUUAACUGCAUCACAGAGCUGGUGCUUCGGGCAAAGAAAGAAUCGGUGGCCAAACAGCAGCAACAGCAGCAGAACGAUGUGGUUAAACUGGGCAAGAAUAGCAAACGAAAGAAAAAAUGCUGCUAGUGGAUGUCCACGGGCUCGGCCGCCAGCAGCCUUCACAUGCACACGAACUGUGAUCGCCUCGACAUGACCGCAGAAAGAUUUCACAAACACACCGAGCGGAGAGAACGGAGAAGCAGUCCUGUCUGGACCCAUACAAACCGCAAAGACUUUUUAAACAGAUAAUGUACAGAUUUUAUUAGAUUAAAGGACUUUUAUGUGGAAUUCGUGGUAUUUAAUAAAAGAUCCUCCUCCUUUCUCGAAGGACAAGCGAGCUGACGUCGCCAAACCGCGCAGAUCUCUGCCGUCAUACUCAUUUUACUGCGAUAUAUUACAUCUCUUCACACGCCAUCUCAGGAGCGAAUUUUGUUUUUUUUGGCUUCUCUUUUUGUUUCUCUGAGGAAUGUCAGUGUUUUCUUCAAGAACAGUUUUUUUCAUCAAACAGUUAUAAACAUUCACUCAUUGUGGACUCGGAGUGAAACCCAUGCCAAUGACUGUACAAUUUUUCAUCUUUCGGUGCAUUUUAAGACCCAAUCUGUCAGACGGAAGUCAACUUUGGUGUUGGGACUUUUUAAAUAUAGGAUCAUAAGCAUGUUCUUUACUUUCAUGGGGUGAAUUAUGAGCUGGAAUGUGUUUCUGUGAGUUGUAUUUCUUUUGAGCUCUUGUGAGGUUUUCUUCUGGAUUCUCUGCUUUGUUUUCCGUAAAGAUGAAACGGAAGGCAACGCUCUCGUCAUCUGGCAGUACGGCUGUUCUUUCUCAAAGCAUUUGUGGUAUGCUCCAGUAGUGCCGAGUGUGUAUACCUUCCUGAUUUUAAAAUGGGAUUUCAUCCUCAUGCAGCCGAUCGAUGUUUUUCUCUAUACAGUCACAAAGCAGAGUGUCAAAAUAACAAACGUACUUGCGUAUCGUUGGAAGCGAUAAAUUUCUAAUAUCAGAUGUAAAAUGUAAUUAAACACGCAGGAGAGUUAUUACGUUAUAGUGUUCAAAGCCAAACUUUCAUUUCUCGAGGAAUGCCAUAAUCGAAAUAGAUCAAAUCCUCAGAAUCUCCCUGACACCCCUCACGUGAGCAUGUGGGUUUUGUGAAAACCUCUCAGAAAACUCUGGCCAGUUGUUCUAGAAGUGUUAGUCCAUUGAGCCGCGAUGAAUCCUGACAAGUGCUGUGAGCCAAAAUCAGCCAACAUGUCCAUGCAAACUGUGCUGGACGACAACAGCUGCGGUUAUAUUAUACACUGGAGAAAAGAACUGUGUAAUGGGCCCUUUAUGAAUCAAAUCAUUAAUAAAUAUUUUAAAAUAAUUAAUAUUUGACACAAACAUUUUUGUCCUGGUCUUUAUUAAGAAUCGUCAGGGAGCAUGUUCCACAUCUCAGUUUGUUGCAUGUCUGCAAUGAUCCUCGUGUGUUCUUACCGACGCAAUCGACGUCGAGCAUUUUUAUUCAGGUCGAUACGUCACAGUGCGUUACACGUCAACACAUUGGAAGCUUUCGAAACAUGGAAAUAUUCUAAACAUUUGUAUGUCAUUGGAGUUGACUUCGGAAAAAUUGCAAUUUGAUCAUAAUAAAUAUGCAUUCUUGCUCCUAGUCAACUAAGUACAAAUAGCAUUGGUUCUAAAAGCAUAAAGAAGGUAGAAAAUCUGUCCUUUUUACAUAUUGUUUAAGAGGAUAUCUACAAGUAUACUGUACAUAUAAACAAACUUUUGUCUGCAGUCUUUUCCUGGAAGUGACAAAUGUGACAAACACUUUAUAAAUCACUUUAAAUUGAGGAUUUCUUGUUUUAUUUUCUAAGAUUUAAAGUCCUUUAUUUUGAUCUCGUAAGAUUCACGUUAAUAUUAUGAAUUUGUGGAAGAUAAGGAUUAAUAAUUGGUUUUGAUCUUCAUGUAAUAUUGCAGUGUUGUCAGAAAGUGCAUGUCAGAAAGAACCGGUGGCAGGUUUAGAAAUCUAUUUGCUCUACAUUCUGUAUUAUUUACCCACACAACGGUCAUAAUCUCAUCUUGCUUUUUCCAUUCGAAAAGUCUCUUUUAUACUGUAAUCUAUACUUGGUGUUUCUAGUCAGACAGGGAAUGAAACAGACACAUGAAGACCUUUAUGCUGAGUUGAGUUGCUUGUAUCCGUGUUCCAAUUCACAUAUUCAUUCUACAGUAUAAGAGACGCUGUAAAUAUGGACAUCGUGACCAUCCAUUCAGUUAUUUCAGCGGAAGACGACUAAGUCAAAGAGUUUAUGCAUUUAAAUGUUAAGUGAUAUUGAAUGAUACGGUCAUGAAUUGAGCUAGAUGAAAACGGAUGUGUCUUGUCACAAACUUUUGUUAUUUUAUGUUUCUAUUAAAGAUGGCAUGAAAUAAAAAAUGUCCAUUCAAAUUGA